GAUGAGCUCCCACUUCUUUACACACACAUCUAAAAUCAAUUGUUAGCGGUUUUAAGUGUCUGGAGGACCAAGAUUAAGCACGGUAAAAUUCGGGAGAAAAUCAGUAAAAAAAACGGGAGUCUCUGUAUUUGAAGAUGGCUGUCAACAUCCCUGGUCUGAUCGCUGUAAUUGUGUUUUAUAUACUCAUUCUGGCAACUGGCAUUUGGGCUUCAAGAAAAGCCAAGAAAGAAGAGAAGAAAUGCACGGGAAACAAAAGCGAGGUGUCCAUGGUUGGGGGCCGAAACAUGAAUCUCUGGGUUGGGAUUUUCACUACGACCGCAACGUGGGUUGGAGGAGGUUACAUCAUGGGCACAGCAGAAGUGGUUUAUGAUCCAGCAAUGGGCCUAAUCUGGUCUACUCAACCACUGGCAUAUGCACUUAGCUUGUUUGUUGAAUUUUUUUUUUUCUUUAUACUAGGUGGGCUUUUCUUUGCUAAACCCAUGAGAGACAAGAAUUAUGUUACCAUGAUGGACCCAUUCCAGAUCCGAUAUGGAAAUACGUUGAUGAGUCUGCUUUCUGUUCCUGUAUUAAUAGCAGAAGUAGCUUGGGCAGCCAACAUACUUGCUGCUUUGGGAGGAACAAUUUAUGUAAUACUGGGUAUUGCAUCCUAUCAGUCAAUCCUAAUGUCUGGUGGAGUGGCAAUAUUAUAUACAUUACUCGGGGGCCUGUACUCUGUAUCCUACACAGAUGUUAUCCAGCUCCUCUUUAUAUUUGUCAGCUUGUGGCUUUGUAUUCCAUUUCUCAUGUUGAAUCCAGCAUCUACAGAUAUUAUAUAUACCGCUGUUGACGAAUUAUAUCAAGCUCCCUGGGUUGGGAAACUAGACCUAGUAGACCUAUGGAGAUGGCUGGAUGAUCUUUUACUAAUGGUUUUUUCUAGUGUUUGUUACCAAGACUUUUAUCAGAGAGUUCUUGCAACAUCAUCUACUGCACAUGCUCAGAAAAUGUGCUAUGCUGCCGCAGUGUUUUGUUUUUUCUUGGGUGUCCCUUCUAUGCUCAUUGGUGCAAUAGCAGCUUCAACUGACUGGAACCAGACAAGUUAUGGUUUACCCACCCCAUAUGAGAAAGGGGAGGCAGGUAUCAUCUUGCCCAUCGCACUGCAGCACUUGUGCCCUGUCUACAUCUCCAUAGCUGGGAUCGGAGCAAUCGCCGCUGCUGUGAUGUCAUCCAUGGACUCGGCACUUCUAGCCGCCGGUUCCAUGUUUGCAUUCAACAUUUAUAAGAACAUGUUAAGGAAAAGGGCAUCUGACAGAGAAGUCCUGUGGGUGAUCAAGAUCUCAGUGAUUUUCUUUGGAGUUGCUGCCAUGGGUAUUGCUAUGAUAACCACUUCAAUGUAUGGAUUGGGGAUCAUUUCUGGAGAGUUGCUGUAUAGUAUUCUUUUUCCUCAAACUGUUUGCAUCCUGUUUGUCCCAAUGUCAAACGGCUAUGGUGCUUCAGUGGGACUAGUAGUGGGGUUGACCCUGAGACUUUUAGGAGGGGAUUCGUUCCUUAACUUCCCUCCUGUUAUUCCCUACCCAGGCUGCACACUCGUAGAUGGCGUCUAUGUGCAGCUCUUUCCAUUCAAAACCUUGACUAUGCUGCUUUCUCUGUUCAGUAUUAUUUCUGUCUCCUAUCUCACAUCACUGCUGUUUAAACGGGGCCUGUUGCCCAAAAAGUGGGAUAUUUUUUAUGUAAGUAAAAAAACUGACAUUAUUCUGAAAGAAACUGAACUAUCACCUAUUAACAAUGAAGAAGAUGUUGGGGGAAAUGAAAAUCAAGCAUAAAUGGAAUGAUACAGAGAGCUUAAUGGUAAAUCUCCUAGUGCUGGUCAGUUAAUUUUUUUUUUAUUUUGCGUCAACUACAUUUGUCAGAAAUGACCCAAAGAACCAUCCUGUAUAGACUGUAAUUGUUUCACGGGUUUCACGAAAUUCCCAUUGCUGAAAGAAUAGUGUAAUUAUACAUGUUUAUCAUUUAAAAAACAAAUAAAGCUGUUUGCCUUA